AUGCAAACUGCAAUGGCGAGUGUUUCAACCUUUAUAGCUAUGUUUAUCAUCAUGCUCGCAGCCAUGUACUCUGGCCUCGUUGUUGCCUAUGCUAACACCGAAUUCAUCUCCCGCACAUGCAACAAGACCAACAACACCGCAUUGUGCAUUGCCGUGCUUACCACAAAGCCACAAAGUGCCCAUGCCUCCACCGAACACGACCUCGCCAGAAUCGCAUUGGAGCUCACCAUUGACACCGCCAAACACAACGUCAAGGUCAUCAAUGACCUAGACAAGAAAAAACAGAGCAAGCCGGAGGCAUUUGCACUGGCCAUCUGCCUUAAGGCUUACACUGAAGCCACUAGUGCCCUUGAGAUUUAUGCUGUCUCGAACUUCCAAAUGGGGUCGUACCCCAGUACGUUGGCCAAUGUUUCAUUCGCGAUGGGCGCUAGUGAUACAUGCAAGAAAGCGUUCAAAAGGAUCGGCAAAGAAUCCCCAGUGUCCUACAUAGACCGCGAGAUGAUAGAGCACUGCAGUGUCGCCAGCAACCUCAUCAACCUACUUGUCCGCAAGUGA